UCCUCUCCCCGAGACCUCGAUUUCGCACAAGCCCUCCUUGAAAUCAGAGCCUUUCCAGCCACUCGGGGAGCGUCUGCUCGGCCAGAGCGGGCUUGGCCAGCGGCGGGCUCGGCGCCCCGGCGCCCCCAGCCCCACGCGCGCCGGGCGGGCGCCAUGGAGGAGGGCUCCAGCUCGCCCGUGUCCCCCGUGGACAGCCUGGGCACCAGCGAGGAGGAGCUCGAGCGGCAGCCCAAGCGCUUCGGCCGGAAGCGGCGCUACAGCAAGAAGUCGAGCGAAGAUGGCAGCCCGACGCCGGGCAAGCGAGGCAAAAAGGGCAGCCCGAGCGCACAGUCCUUUGAGGAGCUGCAGAGCCAGCGCAUCCUGGCCAACGUGCGCGAGCGCCAGCGCACGCAGUCGCUCAACGAGGCCUUCGCCGCGCUGCGCAAAAUCAUCCCCACGCUGCCCUCGGACAAGCUCAGCAAGAUCCAGACGCUCAAGCUGGCCGCCAGGUACAUAGACUUCCUCUACCAGGUCCUGCAAAGCGACGAGAUGGACAAUAAGAUGACCAGCUGCAGCUACGUGGCCCACGAGCGCCUCAGCUACGCCUUCUCCGUGUGGCGCAUGGAGGGCGCGUGGUCCAUGUCCGCCUCCCACUAGCGCCGCGCCGCCCACCUCCGGACCCGCGCACCCCGGACUUGCUGUGCAUCUGAGGCAGAAGUGGAAUUGGGAUGCGUCCAAACCUGUAACUUCUGGAACCUGGGCAACCUCAAGGAGUCGUGUCCCCCCACCCCCAACCCCAGCUCUGCAGCGAAGCCUUAGACGGAGCAGGCCAGUCGUGCCGCGCGCUUAGCCCCCCGAUUCCCAGCCUCCUCGCCCCGGAGACCCCCCCAAACAGGAAGUGGCAUUUACGGUGACAUUCUCAUCGUCAUCCUUGUUGCCGUUUGGAUUUUUUUUCUGCUUUAUCUUUUUUUUGGGGGGGUGGGGGUAUUUUUUCUGAAAAAAAAAUCUCUAGAUUCAGGAAAGCAUUUAUGAGAACUUGGAUUUUGGAAUUGUAUUUCCUUUUAAGUGCCUUUUUUAAUGUAUAUUUUUUUAAUAAAAUAGAAAUGCAUUCUUGUACAGGACUGUUUAAACUGGACCAAGGCUCUUGGAAAAUGAACUCUGAGCUCCCCCCGCACCCCCAAACCCUGCAUAGUCGACUCAAGCAAGCCUGGAACACCGAGGCCACAUCUCUUCUGUCUCUCCAAUUUGCUCAGCUAACCACUUUUUAUAUUUUCUGUUUCAGUGUAUAUGUGGCUUGUUUUAUUUAUUGAUAUUUUCCGCAUGCCGACUGCGGCGUACGAGUCUGU